AUGGAACCAGAUGCCAUCAGACCUGACCGCGACAUCAUCGGUAAGCAGAAGAAUCCGCGUCGAAAGAAGUUAAAACGCGAAGACAGCUCACUUCCUUCACCAGGGAGUGAUUCACCCUCACCACACGAAGACGUGCUGGUCACUUUUCUUGUCGACGUUGAGCUGCAAUCAAUGAGUGGACCGGCGGCACGAACACCGCUUCCUAUCGGCAUCCAACGGAUCAAGUCCGAUCCCGACAUGGACAUCAGUUCACUGUUCAGCAAUCGUUUCGCCUACGAGCAAGAAGCUUAUGAGAUGGGUUACACAAUGGAGCGGGUGGCGUCUGUGGAGCAGUUGGCUUCAGCGCUUCGACGAUACUUAUUUGCCGCCGUACAUUGGAUCGAAGCGCUCUUUUCAUUGGCACAAAUCGAGAACGUGCCCGAGAAGGUGGCUGUUCUCAAGAGUGUCUUCGCUCCGUAUACCAUCCUCUGUCAAGCGGCACGUACUGCGCAGAUGUCUCGUGACUUAGACGUGAUUUGCCUGUGCAAUCGUACCACAAUCACAAGACAACCUCCACGGCACCUCUUAGAAACG